CAGUGCGGGUGCGUGGAGCUGCAGAAAGAGAGGGAGUAUUCUCACAUUUCCCGACUUCUCCCAGCCGCCGUGCAGCUUCCACAUCACCGCGGCGAGCCGAGACUAACCCCCGCUACUUUGUCGGGAAGAGAAACAAGCACCCCGGCGAGCAGAUGUGGCUGUAAAUGAGGGUUAAAGGACUGCUUAUCUGAUGAGAUCAUUCUCCAAUCUAGAAGGCUCCUCCAAACAGGGUGGUGAGGCUGGCAUGAUGGGCAGGUGAUGGAGUCUUGCCUCAGGUCUCCCCACCAUUGACUGGCCCUGCCGGUGCUCGCUCUGAGGCCCGAGUGUGUACCAGCGACCCCAGGCCCUCCCUUUCUCUGCCAUGGUGACAUAAAGCGCGUCGCAACAUGAGGGAGAGCCAACGUGAGACCGUCUCAUUUCUUUCUCCAGCUGCCGCCUCAACGCCUUUUGUCGUUUGUUCAAGAAAAGACUGAUUUUUUUUUUCGGGGAGUUGUCACCGCUGGCAGUUUUUAUCCCCCCCCCCAUCCCACCGGCCACCGAGCGCGACGUGUCGCCGGGCCUUUGGCGCGAGACCAUGCUGGGAUGCGUGACUCGCGUCCGUCGGCUGGUCCGUCUCCUCCCGCUGCAGACGUCCCUCCUCCUCCUCUUCCUCUUCUGCACCGUCAGCGUUUUCAUCUCAGCCUACUUCCUCUAUGGCGCCAAGCGGGAGCUGGAGCCAUCAGGAGGGGGCGUGUCGGGGGCGGAGGGAGCGUCGGCCGACUCCGACGACCUGCGGGUGGCGCCGUCGCGGCUUUUGCCGGUGCGGAGCAUCUCAGGAGGGCCCGGGGCGGAUCCCGCCGGGGUCAGGACAGAUCCUGUAGUUCUGGUGUUUGUGGAAAGUCAGUAUUCGCAACUGGGUCAGGAGAUUGUGGCUAUUUUGGAGUCCGGGCGGUUCCAGUACCGGACGGAAAUAUCGCCCGGGAAGGGGGACAUGCCUACCUUGACGGACAAGGAGAGAGGACGUUUCACACUGGUGAUUUAUGAGAACAUUCUCAAGUAUGUGAACCUGGACGCGUGGAACCGGGAGCUGCUGGACAAGUACUGUGUGGAAUACGGCGUGGGCAUCAUUGGGUUCUUCAAGGCCAAUGAGAACAGCCUGCUGAGCGCACAGCUGAAAGGAUUUCCCCUCUUCCUCCACUCCAACUUGGGUCUGAAGGACUGCACCGUCAACCCCAAGUCCCCCCUGCUCUUCAUCACCCGAUCGGGGCAGCCGCUGCCGGGUCCUCUCCCCGGAGACGACUGGACCGUCUUCCAAUCCAACCACUCGACGUACGAGCCGGUGUUGUUGGCCAAGACCCAGUCGGCCGAGAGCAUUCCGUCCAUGGGACAGAACGCCGCUCUGCUCCCGUCGGUGGUGCAGGACUUGGGGCUGCAUGACGGCAUCCAGAGGGUCCUGUUUGGGAACAACUUGGUCUUCUGGCUGCAUAAGCUGGUGUUUGUGGACGCUGUGGCCUUCCUCACCGGGAAGAGGCUGUCCUUGUCCCUGGAGCGCUACAUUCUGGUGGAUGUGGAUGACAUCUUUGUGGGCAAGGAGGGCACGCGCAUGAAGGUGCCUGAUGUGAAGGCCCUGCUGGAGACGCAGAGAGAGAUGCGCACCCAUGUUCCCAACUUCACCUUCAAUCUGGGCUUCUCAGGGAAAUUCUUCCACGCCGGAUCGGAUGAGGAGGACCUGGGUGACGACCUGCUGCUUUCCUAUGUCAAGGAGUUCUGGUGGUUCCCCCACAUGUGGAGCCACAUGCAGCCCCAUCUUUUCCACAACCAGUCUGUGCUCGCCGAGCAAAUGCUGCUCAACAAGAAAUUUGCGAUGGAGCACGGCAUCCCCACCAACAUGGGCUACGCGGUCUCGCCCCACCAUUCGGGCGUCUACCCUGUCCACAUGCAGCUCUAUGACGCCUGGAAGAAAGUGUGGAGCAUCAAGGUGACCAGCACCGAGGAAUAUCCGCACCUAAAGCCGGCCCGGUUUCGACGAGGUUUCAUCCACAGCGGCAUCAGCGUGCUGCCCAGGCAGACGUGUGGUCUUUUCACACACACCAUCUUCUAUAAAGACUACCCAGGCAGCCCCAAUGAGCUGGACAAGCUCAUCAACGGGGGGGAACUCUUCCAAACGGUUCUGCUGAACCCGAUCAGCAUUUUCAUGACUCAUUUGUCCAACUAUGGGAAUGACCGCCUUGGCCUGUACACGUUUAAAAGCCUGAUGAUGUUCGUCAAGACCUGGACAAACCUGAAGAUGCAGACCCUCCCGCCUGUGCAGCUGGCUCAAAAAUACUUCAGCUUGUUCCCCUCCGAGAGAGAUCCACUCUGGCAGGAUCCAUGUGAGGACAAACGACAUAAGGACAUCUGGUCCAAAGAAAAAACAUGUGACCGCUUCCCCAAACUCCUUGUCAUUGGCCCUCAGAAGACAGGCACAACCGCCCUCUACCUGUUCCUCAGCAUGCACCCCGACCUGACCAGUAACUACCCCAGCAAGGAGACCUUUGAGGAGAUCCAGUUCUUCAACGGCCACAACUACCACCGAGGCAUUGACUGGUAUAUGGAGUACUUCCCCUUGCCCUCCAACGCCAGCUCAGACUACUACUUUGAGAAAAGUGCCAACUACUUCGACUCGGAGGUGGCUGCUCAGAGGGCUGCGGCCCUCUUGCCCAAAGCCAAGAUCAUCGCCAUCCUUAUCAACCCAGCGGACAGAGCGUACUCUUGGUACCAGCACCAAAGAGCCCACGAUGACCCGGUGGCGCUGAAAUACUCCUUCCAUGAUGUCAUCACGGCCGGCCAGGACGCCCCGGCCAAGCUGCGGGUCCUCCAGAAUCGCUGUCUGUUGCCAGGCUGGUACGCCGUGCACCUGGAGCGCUGGAUCAACUACUACCACUCCAGCCAGCUGUUGGUCUUGGAUGGACAGAUGCUGAAGACCGAGCCCGCCUCCGUCAUGGAUAAAAUUCAGAAGUUCUUAAGCUUGGCUAACGCCAUCAACUACCACAAGAUCUUAGCGUUUGACCCCAAGAAGGGUUUCUGGUGCCAGUUGCUGGAGGGCGGGAAGACAAAGUGUCUCGGGAAGAGUAAAGGACGCAAGUACCCCGACAUGGACCCUGAGUCCCUGGCGUUCCUCAGGGACUACUACAGGGAUCACAACAUCGAGCUGUCCAAGCUGCUGUACAGAAUGGGCCAGCCGCUCCCCAUCUGGCUCAGAGAGGAGCUGGUCCACACCAGGUAGCAUCACCGCAGGGGGCAACCGGGGAGACAUUACAGCCCCGAAGCAUUCAAUAGCAGCCCUGCAGGGGGGGCGCUGAAGUGAAGAGUGAAGCUCACACCAGAAGAAGGACAUUCUAUCAGGAUCCGCGCACGGGAUGUCCGACCGGACCUCAGAACAUUUUGCCGUUCAUUCUGUGAUCUCCCAUAAAGUGAUGAGCUGGAAGAGGACGGAGCUUGGAGAUGCUGUGGAGCGCUCAGCAUCACAAGUCAGGAACCGGGAGGCCUCGCUCGCUCCUGAGGAGGAAUAGGGACCAUCCGAACCGCAGUCCAACCUUCUCUCACACGUGCGAAGGCUGAUCUUGCACAGUUUCAGUUCUGGAAAAAGACUGUGCCCGGAAUCAGCGCCGAUAUGUUUUUCUUCUCUCUUUUUUUUUUUUUUUAAGCACAGAAACUCUGGGCUGACGGACAAAAAAGACAUUUGUUGUUUUAAAAAGUUCGGACGAUGGGACAUCCGGCUGCAUGCUGACGGACCUUGCUAGAAUCUUGUAAUUGCAUUUACAAGAGCCAGAACAGAAUCUCUUAUUAAAAAAUGACCAUUUGGACAGUUUUCUUUGGUAGUUUCAUGAUACCUGUAGAAUGUACCAAAAGUAAAGCAUCUGAGCUCCCAUUCCUCCUCCAGGCCACGCGUAAGAGGACGUCAAACUGCCUGCUGUCACAUGACCACUGAAUGGGCGAAAGCGGGACGUGAUGGACGGGCUGUCGAAAGCACAAUAUUUAAAAGGUACUCGAGUUGGG